GGUUGAGGGGUCGGGUAGAGCGGUCGUGGGUCGCUUGUUUAGGUCCCAAGAGCCGGCGCGACGGUGCCUCUUGGCCCAGUGGAGAGAGAGGCUCUGGUUGUGUCCCGGGGACUGUGAGGGCUGGAGGCUUUAGGGCUUAUCUUGGCGUGCGAGUUUAGGAUGAGAUGGGGACCCUCGUAUGGGGCCGGCUUUCGUGAGCUCGAGCGGAAGGGGAACGGGGUUGGGCUUGCUGAAGGCGUUUGAGGUAAACCAAGUGUACUAAGGUUUGAGUCUGAGGGGUGUGUGUCCAUACUAGAAAAGCAAGUUGUGGGACUCCGAGGGUUGGAAGUAUAGGUAAGACUGGUUUAGAAAUGAGUGGAUUCUAGAGGCUGAUGAGCCAGAACAGUAACCAGGAGUUUAUUUAUUUAAUACAGUAAUUGGAUGGACGUGGAAGGGACUUUAUGUGCGGGGGGGGGGCAAGAGUUGGAGAGAGUUGCUUUUCUCUGUCAGGACUUAGUGGCCCUGGUUUAUCUUACCGGAGGUUAGGUGAAGAGAAUCUAGCUCUUAGGGCGCCCUUCCCCGCCCCUGAGUCUGGCCUUGCUGGGAGGAACUGAAGUAUUGCAGGCUUUUUCCAGGACUCACCUGAUGCCACCCCUUUUCCCCCUACAUCACGAUUGGGGUGCCCCUCCUAUUUGAGAAAGGGGCAAAGAAAAACCAGAGACCUGGAGGAAGAGGAGGAAGAUAGCAGUUCUGAUAUCACUUUUUCACUCUCAUCAGAAGAUUCUGAGAUGGAGCCUGAAGAAGAACGAAUUCGUUAUAGCAAAAGACUGCGUGGUGCUAUGAGGCGGCGCUAUGAGGAUGAUGGAAUCUCAGAUGAUGAAAUAGAGGGGAAAAGGACAUUUGAUCUCGAAGAAAAACUUUCUACCACCAAAUUUAAUGCCAACUUUGUGGUGUUCAUGGAAGGCAAAGACUUCACCGCGGAAUAUAUUCAGCGUGGAGGCUUAAGGGAUCCUUUAAUCUUCAAGAAUUGUGAUGGACUUGGAAUAAAGAUGCCAGAUCCAGACUUCAGUGUGAAUGACGUGCGACUCUACGUAGGGAGUCGGAGAAUGGUGGAUGUCAUGGAUGUGAACACCCAAAGAGACAUUGAGAUGACAAUGGCACAGUGGGCACGCUACUAUGAAACUCCAGAGGAGGAGCGAGAGAAACUGUAUAAUGUCAUCAGCUUGGAGUUCAGCCACACCCGGCUUGAGAACCUGGUGCAAAGACCAAAUACGGUGGAUUUGAUUGAUUGGGUUGAUAACAUGUGGCCAAGACAUCUGAAAGAAAGUCAGACAGAAUCGACAAACGCUAUUCUGGAUAUGCAGUACCCUAAGGUGCAGAAAUACUGCCUGAUGAGUGUCAAGGGCUGCUAUACAGACUUCCAUGUAGACUUUGGUGGUACUUCAGUAUGGUAUCACAUCCAUAGAGGGGGAAAGAUUUUUUGGUUAAUUCCUCCUACGCCACAGAACCUGGAGUUGUAUGAAAACUGGCUGCUUUCAGGGAAACAAGGAGACAUCUUUCUUGGGGACAGGGUGUCAAAUUGUCAGCGCAUUGAGCUCAAACAAGGCUAUACUUUUGUUAUACCCUCAGGUUGGAUCCAUGCAGUAUACACUCCUAUGGACACCCUUGUUUUUGGGGGUAACUUUCUGCACAGUUUCAACAUACCUAUGCAGCUGCGGAUCUACAGCAUUGAAGACCGCACACGGGUCCCAAAUAAAUUUCGUUAUCCUUUUUAUUAUGAAAUGUGCUGGUAUGUACUGGAACGCUAUGUCUACUGCAUCACCAACCGUUCGCACCUGACCAAGGACUUUCAGAAGGAGUCACUCAAUAUGGACAUGGAGCUGUGCAGCUCAGAGUCAGGGAACAUGGAUGAAGAUGAUCCAACAGGAGGAAAGGAGUCACAUCGCCCGGUUACUAGACGGUCAGUCCUCACCAGUCCUGUGGCCAAUGGUGCUAAUCUAGAUUAUGAAGAGCUAGGCAAAGGCUGCCGGAGUUUGCCAGGUCUUAAGAGGACUCUCUCCAUGGACUCCGAGUCCAGCCGCAGCUCUCACAAUGGACAAACCUGGGGCUCUCACAGCCCUCAUAAGGAGAAGAAGGUGCACCUGACACAAUUUGAGCUUGAAGGUCUUCGCUGUCUGGUGGACAAGUUGGAGUCUUUACCCCUACACAAGAAGUGUGUGCCCACAGGCAUAGAAGAUGAGGAUGCCCUUAUUGCGGAUGUUAAGCUGCUGCUUGAAGAAUACGCAAACAGUGAUCCCAAACUGGCACUUACUGGAAUCCCUAUUGUCCAGUGGCCGAAGAGGGAUAAGCUCAAAUUUCAGACUCGGCCAAAGUUAAGAUUACCCGCCAUCCCAAUCACCAAGCCACACACCAUGAAACCAGCUCCACGACCUGCAACUGUGAGGCCCACAGUGUCUCCUAUAGUUUCUGGUGCACGUAGAAGACGGGUGCGGUGUCGUAAAUGUAAAGCCUGUUUGCAGGGUGAAUGUGGAAUGUGCCACUACUGUAGGGAUAUGAAGAAGUUUGGAGGCCCUGGUCGCAUGAAGCAGUCCUGUGUUCUACGGCAGUGCUUGGCGCCUAGACUGCCUCACUCUGUCACUUGUGCACUUUGUGGGGAGGUAGAUAAGAAUGAGGAUUCACAGGACUUUGAGAAGAAGCUAAUGGAGUGCUGCAUCUGCAAUGAGAUUGUUCACCCCGGUUGUCUGCAGAUGAAUGGGGAAGGGUUACUUAAUGAUGAACUGCCCAACUGCUGGGAGUGUCCAAAGUGCUACAAGGGAGAUGAGGCAGAGAAAGGACAGAAGCGGAAAAUGGAUGAUGGUGAUGAUGACACAGUCCAAGCCAAAGUCCUGCGACCAUUGCGAAGCUGUGAGGAGCCUCUGACUCCACCACCACAUUCACCUACUCCAAUGCUGCAGCUGAUCCAUGACCCUGUAUCACCACGAAGCAUAGUGACACGGUCCUCUCCAGGGGCAGGUCCUAGUGAACAUGGUGCCAGCCGGGAUGAACGCUUUAAGAGACGUCAGCUACUUCGGCUGCAGGGUACAGAGCGUACGGUAGUCCGGGAAAAAGAGAACAACCCUAGUGGCAAGAAGGAGCUUUCAGAAGUAGAAAAGGCUAAGCUCCAUGGUUCUUAUCUUACAGUCACAUUGCAGAGACCUACCAAAGAUGUGCAUGGCACCUCCAUUGUGCCCAAGCUGCAGGCGAUCACGGCCUCCACAAAUCUACGGCACUCUCCCCGUGUGGUCAUGCGUCAGAGCUCAGCCAGGACAACCCAACGUGGUGGAGAUGAUGAAGCAGCUGAGGAAGAAGAAGAAGCAGAGGAAAGUGCAGAGGAGGAAGAGGAGAAUGUGGAGGAGAGUGGGGCAGCCAGACUGAAUGGUCAGGGCAGCAAGGCACCAGAUAGUGAGGAAAUCUGGAUGCAAAAGGAAGUGUGGAUGUCUGUCUUCCGCUAUCUCACUCGCAAGGAGCUUUGUGAAUGUAUGCGUGUAUGCAAAACCUGGUACAAAUGGUGUGGUGACAGGAGAUUGUGGACAAAGAUUGAUUUAAGCAGGUACAAGUCCAUCACACCCCUGGCUCUUGGUGGCAUAAUCAGGAGGCAGCCAGUCAGCCUUGACCUCAGCUGGACCAAUAUUUCCAGAAAACAGCUCACUUGGCUUAUCAACAGACUACCAGGCCUCAAAGACCUCAUCUUAGCAGGCUGCUCCUGGUCAGCAGUGUCUGCUCUCAGUACCUCCACCUGCCCCCUUCUCAGGACCCUCGAUCUUCGGUGGGCAGUAGGAAUCAAGGAUCCUCAGAUUCGGGACUUGCUUACCCCUCCAUCAGAUAAACCCAGCCAAGACAAUCGCAGCAAACUCCGUAACAUGAUAGACUUCCGGUUGGCUGGGCUGGACAUUACUGAUGCCACACUCCGGCUCAUCAUCCGCCACAUGCCUCUGCUUUCACGACUUGAUCUUAGUCACUGCAAUCACCUUACAGACCAGUCAACCAACCUGUUAACAGCUGUGGGAUCUUCCACACGAAACUCCCUCACUGAACUCAACAUGGCAGGCUGCAAUAAGCUCACAGACCAGUCCCUGAUUUACCUGCGACGCAUCUCUAAUAUCACCCUGAUAGACCUGCGUGGCUGCAAGCAGAUCACCCGCAAAGCCUGCGAGCACUUCAUCUCAGAUCUGUCAAUCAACAGCCUCUAUUGCCUGUCUGAUGAAAAGCUGAUCCAGAAAAUCAGCUAGAGAUUUGCCACAGACAGACUGAAGAGAAGGAAAAAUCACAGACAACCCCUCUUGGAGAGCAGACCCUCCCCCUAGUUCCCCCACCCAGAGAAGAUGCCAGCCUGUGACUAUAAUGUCCCUCCUCUGCUUGGGAGUUCUGCAGACCCGGAAAUCCCACCAGGUGUUUGAGGAAGUGGCAAUAAGAAGAGAUGGCUCUUGUGGGGUGCUUGCUCAUCAGCUACAUGCUCUAACUGAUGUUCUUGUAGCAGCGUUGUCAGGGGCAAUGUGCCCCUUCCUCUCGUCUCAGUCCCUCACCCUCAUAAGUCCCAUAAAAACAGAUCGCCCUUCCCCCUUAGCUUGUUGGGGGAGCAGAUCAAGAUGGCAUAGAACAGGUACCUUCUGCUUCUGUCUUUGCUGCCUUGGUAUGCAACCUGUUACUGAAUGAUUGGGCUAGGAGUACUUCUUGUACCCACUGCACUCUGCUACGCUUCCUUUUCUCACCCAUCAGCAGCUGCAUGGGCAGCUACUGCUUUGUGCUGAUUACUCAGAGUUGCGGUGUCCACAGUAAUGGUGCCUCUUCUGAACAGAGGUGUUCCCCAUGUGUCCUUUGCUUAGCCGGCAGGUUUCAUCCAGCUAGAGGCUGGUGGUGAGGGGUGGCCAAGCUUUCACACUGCAGGAGCCAUGUUUGAAAAAGAUGGCAGCAUAUGUAGAAGGAAAGCUGCAGUCAAGUUUGAAGGCUUGAGAGGCAUCUAGUGGGAUUUCAAACACCAGCAGUAGUGGUCUAUAUCAUUACAUUGCUGAAACAAGCAUUCUGGGAGAGGUAGGCAUUUUUCUCCUGCCAGCGUAUUGGGGAGUGCAUAGCUGUUGGCUCUUGAACUGGGAGAUGGGCGAAUGCCCCAUUAGCUGCCUCUCUUCCUUUGCAAUGAAUGGCCGGUCCAAAGAACUUCUCUCUUGGGCAGCAGAGAGCUUUUUGCACUUUAGAAAGAAAGGUAAUAUUUUGGAUCCCUAUUUUAUUUCCCCCUGCCUGAGUGACUGGACACUCCUUCCAGCUGUCUGAGCUUGUCAGGGUUUGAAUGCACACUUUGCACUCUGCUCUCUUCCCCAUAGUGAUAGCACAAAUUAGACUGCCUUUCACGCUUGCCUCCCCCUCUGAGCCUCACAUGACAAAACAAAAACAAGAGCUCUCCAGUGGCUGCGCAGUAAGGGAAAGGAGAAGAGUGGCGAUAGAGUUGGAGGAAGACCCAAUGUACCCUCGCUGCUUCUGAAGCAAUAAGGGAGGGGGAGGAAUCCACCCAUAGCUCUCCAUAUUGCCCAGCCCAGUUGCAUUGAACGCUGUGGCACCUGAGCCUUGGGGGAAGAGCAGCUUCCCCUGCACUGUUGGGGAUGGGGUGAGGGAUAUAUAGAUCUACUGAAAUCCAGAAGUUCCCCCUCACUUCCAUUUGAGGAGCAGGCUUCUUUGCCAAGAGGACAAUGCUAGUGUGAUGAGUUCCAGAGUGCCUCAGUACACAGGAGCUUUGCUGCAAAUUGAAUUUUUCUGCAAAAACGCCCACUGAUGAUCUUCUAGAAGUGGAAACUUUCUGCCUUGUUGUGUUGGCUCCUGUGGAAAAAAAUAUGUAGAAUCAAACUUUUCUUUCUUUGUUGGUUUUGUUUUUCAAAAGAGGAAGGUGAGAAUAGCCAUAAAUAGGAGAUUCAAGUGCAUCUGCCCAGAUAGCUCCCAUCUCGGAGAUUAGUAGGCUCUGGGUAUUUUGUGUUUUUCUUCUCUCAGAAGUGGGAGCACCUUCAUAACUCUCCAUAUGCAUUGAUCAGCCUGAGAAGUGCUGAGCUGCAGCAAGUUGGCAUGUCAGGAGCAUUAGUCUGGGAGGAAUUUCAUCCUGCGGCAAGAGGGAUGAAGCAAGCAGCAGUCUGAUUGGGGAGGGUAUCAUUGUGGGUUUAGGCUUUGCUGUCCUACAGCCUUCUCAAAUGUGGCCCUCAAAUGACUGUGGCUUAAGAGACUAAAAACAAAAUGUAAAACUUAACUGCCUAAACAGGCUGCCACCUCAGAAGGCAAGUGGGUGACAUAAAGGAAAGAGAAAUUAUAUAUAAAAUCACUUAGUGAUUAAAAACAAACAUGCUCCCUAAAUAAAACUCCCUGAAGAAAGUCACUAUUGUCUGAAAGGGUUUGGUUGUUCUUUUGUGUUUUUUGGGGUUUUUUUGGAAAAAAAAUGUAAAUAUAUAUUUUUUGUUGCUAACUUACAGUCAAUCUCCAAUGUUGUGCUUUAAAAUUAAAUGUAAGCAUUAAGGGUAAAAGAAA